GUAUUUUAAUAAUAGAAAAAGAAAUUAGAGAGGGAUAAAAGUUUCGCAGGCAUGUUCAGAAACGCAGGCAUAGAUAGUAGCAGUGGUACUACUACAGCACCAUUGCUAAAGUUUCGCAGUCAUGGAAUUCAUGAAGAUGAAGAAGAAAACAACAGCAAAGGAAAGUGGUGGAACAAAGCCUUGGACUUUGAAGAAGCAAAGAAACAGGUGCUUUUUUCUUUGCCAAUGAUAAUCACCAAUGUCUCCGGUUAUAUGAUCACUUUGAUAUCUGUCAUGUUCGCUGGCCAUCUCGGCGAGCUCGAGCUCGCCGGAGCUACACUUUCCAAUUCAUGGGCCACAGUGACCGGCUUCGCUUUCAUGAUUGGGUUAAGUGGAGCUUUAGAGACACUUUGUGGACAAGGUUUUGGAGCAAAGCAGUACAGAAUACUAGGAAUAUAUCUACAAGCUUCAAGCAUCAUAUCCAUCUUCUUCUCCAUCAUCAUUUCCAUCUUCUGGUUAUACACUGAGCACAUACUGGUUUUUCUUCAACAAGACCCUGAGAUUUCAAAGAAAGCGGCUGUCUAUGCAAAGUUUCUGAUUCCAGGGCUAUUUGCAUAUGGGUUUCUGCAUAACAUCUUGAGGUUUCUUCAGACACAGUCUGUUGUGAAGCCUCUCUAUGUCCUCUCAGCGAUUCCUGCAGUCUUGCAUAUUGGCAUCGCUUAUGGUUUGGUGCAUGGGAUUGAACUUGGUUUCAAAGGAGCUCCAAUAGCUGCUUCAAUUUCUUUGUGGCUGUCAGUCAUUUUGUUGGCCACUUAUGUGCUUUAUUCUAAGGAAUUCAAGCAUACAUGGCAAGGGUUUUCUUUGGAGUGUUUCAAUUAUGUUUUUACUGACUUGAAACUUGCCCUGCCCUCUGCUGCUAUGAUUUGUUUGGAGUAUUGGGCUUUCGAGAUUUUGGUGUUCUUGGCAGGACUAUUGCCAAACUCAACAGUAACAACUUCACUAAUCUCAAUGUGCGUACAUACAGAAGCAAUUGCCUUCAUGAUAACAUUCGGUCUCAGUGCUGCUGCUAGCACAAGGGUGUCGAAUGAGUUGGGAGAAGGAAAUCCAGAGAAAGCUAGCAAUGCCAUGGCUGUCACCCUGAAGCUAUCUGUGCUUCUUGCUGCCAUAGUGGAUUUGGGUCUACUGUUUGGUCAUAACAUAUGGGCUGGUUUAUUCAGCGACAGUUCUGUAAUAAUAAACCAAUUUGCUUCAAUGACACCCUUCCUUGCACUUUCUAUAAUAGCUGAUUCCAUUCAAGGUGUCCUAUCAGGAGUGAUAAGAGGAUGUGGUUGGCAGAACAAAGCUGCGUGUGUGAACUUGGCCACAUUCUAUUUAAUUGGCAUGACUAUGGCAGUACUUCUUGCUUUCAAGCUGAACCUACAAGCCAAGGGUUUAUGGAUUGGUUUAAUAUGUGGUCUGGCUUGUCAAGUUGGUACUCUUUUGUGGAUAACACUGCGCAAAAAAUGGACCAAAUUGGAUAUAUCUGAGAAUACAGACAAAAAUAUUUCAGUUUUGGUUUAAAUAAAUUUGAAUGUGAGGCAGUUAAUGUGUUUUCGUUAUUCUUCAAAAAAAAAAAAAUAAAAUAAAAUAAAAUGUGUUUUGGGUAGAAAGGUCACUGCAAAUGAAUGAAAGUCAAUGUAUUUUUAAACAAUUCAGCUAAACUGUUAUAUGUGAUCUCUCCAUAAACUUUGUGACCUAACUUGGAAUAAAUAAAUGCAAUUAUGAAAAUAUUUAGGAUUGUUUUU